UUUCUCUUUACAUUGUGCUGCUGUUACAUCAGCAGACUGAGACUGAAGUUAAAGAGUUUCAAACAAGCUCCAUCAGGCCUCAGAAACUCAAACUCUGUUGAGUAACAUCAACGGUGGUCAAACACUGAGAGGAUUUUAUCUGUUGGACCCUGAACUCUGAACUCUGAACUCCCCAAAAAUGCUUUUAACUGUCUGAGGAUCAACAGAUCAGCACAGAGGAACAACAUGAAGCUCAGACUGUGUUGUAGUUCAACACCCUGCAGUCGGUGAGCAGCAGAGUAGAAAACAAGAAGCUGCAUCACAACAGAAACAGAUGAUGUGAACACAUAAAUACUGAAGCAGUUAAAUGGCUCCAUGAUUUCAGUAGCAGCCUGACAGAUACAACAUAGGCACUUAUGUAUAUUAAUGUAUAUAAAUAACUGUGUACAUGUUGUGCUACCCUGUGUUGUAUGAUGACCAAUAAGUUAAAGAAUUAAUGUGGAAGGUUGAGUGGAGUUGACUCUAACGUAAGUUGUUGGAUCGAGCAGAUGAAACACUGCGACAGCGUCCUCGAACAUCGACGGCUCGGCUGAGAGAACAAACGUUUGAAUCUUGCGGUCAGACUGCGGCUGCAGCUGUCGGCCGCUGGCGUCACUUCAGCCUGUCGGUUUCUCUUCAUGAAGCUGUGCUGCGUGCAGACGAGUGUAAUGAUUGUCAGNCGACCUACUUACAGAGCGGCUGCAGACCUGAGCUGUUAAUGAUUGACCAGGCCGAGUCGCGCUGCGGCGGUCUGAGCUGAACGCUGCAUCCAGUCUGCAGACAACAUGGCUCAGCUGGUGGAGUGUGUCCCCAACUUCUCUGAGGGUCGAAACAAAGAGGUGAUCGAUGCCAUCGCAGCCGCCAUCUCAGGCAGCGCCGGCUGCAGCCUGCUGGACGUCGACCCCGGAGCCUCCACCAACCGGACCGUCUACACCUUCGUGGGCCCUCCGGAGGCCGUGGUGGAGGGAGCGCUGAACGCCGCCCGGCAGGCCUUCAGCCUCAUCGACAUGAGCAAACACUCAGGUGAGCAUCCUCGGACCGGAGCGAUGGACGUCUGUCCCUUCAUCCCCGUCCAGAACGUCUCCAUGGACGACUGCGUCAACUGCGCCAACGUGUUUGGACAGAAACUUGCAGAAAUGCUGCACGUUCCUGUGUAUCUUUACGGAGAAGCAGCACGAAAAGAAACGAGAAGAAAUCUUCCAUCUGUGCGAGCCGGAGAGUACGAAGCUUUACCUGAGAAGUUGCAGCGUGAUGAUUGGGCCCCGGACUUCGGUCCAGCCGAGUUCGUACCGUCAUGGGGCGCCACGGUAACCGGCGCUCGCAAGUUCCUCAUCGCCUACAACGUGAACCUGAUCAGCACCAAGGAGCAGGCUCAUCGCAUCGCUCUGGACAUCCGGGAGCAGGGCCGGGGGAAAGACCAGCCCGGGCUGCUGAAGAAGGUGCAGGGGAUGGGCUGGUACCUGGAUGAGGCCAACCUGGCUCAGGUGUCCACCAACAUCCUGGACUACGAGCUGACGCCCCUCCACACCGUGUACGAGGAGAUCUGCCGCAACGCCGAGGACCUGAAGCUGCCGGUGGUCGGCUCUCAGAUCGUCGGUCUGAUUCCUCUCAGGGCUCUGCUGGACUCCGCUGACUUCUACAUCAACAGAGACGGACUCUUCAUCGUGGAAGAGGAGCACAAAGUCCGGCUGGUGAUCAGUAAACUCGGCCUCGACUCUCUCGGUGCAUUCGACCCGAAGGAGAGAAUCAUCGAGUACAUGGUGAGGCCACAGCAGGACAGCCGGCUGGUGUCUCUGUCUCUGCAGCAGUUCGUCCACAGUGUCGGCGCUCGGACGGCGGCUCCUGGUGGAGGAUCGGUUUCUGCCGCCAUCGCCGCUCUGGGGGCAGCGCUGGGCGCCAUGGUGGGUCAGAUGACUUACGGGAAGAGGCAGUUUGAGAACCUGGACGGUGUGAUGAGGAGGCUGAUUCCUCCGUUUCAUCAGGCCAUGAACGAGCUGCUGCUGAUGGUGGACGCCGACUCGUCUGCCUUUAACAGCUACAUGGCGGCGCUGAAAAUGCCCAAAAACACAGCUGAAGAAAUAAAAAGGCGAGCGGCUGCGAUGCAGGAGGGUCUGCAGCGAGCAGUGGGCGUCCCGCUGGCGCUGGCCGAGCGGGUCAGCGUCCUCUGGCCGGUUCUUAAAGAAAUGGUCGUCUACGGAAACAUCGCCUGCAAGUCCGACGCUCAGGUGGCAGCGAAGGCGUUGGAGGCGGCCGUGUUCGGCGCGUAUUACAACGUCACCAUCAACCUCAAAGACAUCACAGACGAAACCUUCAGGACGGCUACUCAGAAGAGAGCGUCGGCGUUGCUGCAGGAAGCGAAGGAGAGUGCCGCCGCCGUCCUCCACGCCGCCGAGAAGAGAAACUGAAGUUUGACCUCUGAUUGUGAUGCUCUGUGUUGAAACCUGAUGGUUGCAGGACCGAGACUGUUACUCAUGUGUAGGUCAUCUGUAGUAUUAACUGUAAAUGAUCAACAUGAUGAAAUGUUCACAGAUGAUUUAUGUCCACAGUUACAUAAUAAACAGAUAACUGAACCUGA